UCUUAAAUUUGGUGAAUAUUUAUUCUGAUACCUCACUAAGAAGCGGAGGGGAGCGAGUAGAUCCUAAUUAAAUCCUUUUCAGCCUUUUCAAAACAAACGCAAACGAGGUGAAAACUGAAGAGUAAGGAAAGCCAAGGAGCAAGCAGCAGUCGAGAAACAACAACAAAUUUCCUACCAUGGGUAAGGUUCACGGAUCAUUGGCUCGUGCCGGAAAGGUGAGAGGGCAAACCCCAAAAGUGGCUAAGCAAGACAAGAAGAAGAAGCCCCGUGGUCGUGCUCACAAGCGAAUGCAAUACAAUCGCCGUUUCGUUACUGCUGUUGUUGGAUUCGGCAAGAAGAGAGGACCAAACUCAUCGGAGAAGUAAGGAUAAGUGUUCCAGCAAGUGGCAACAAUUUCUUUUGUUGGGACAUCCUACUUGCAGCUCUUUUUUUAGAGUCGUUUUAGUAACGUACCUUUUUAUAUGCUUAAACCAUUCUUCUUUUUGGUGUUUACGAGCUCGUCAAGUAUUUGUUUCUCACCUUUAAAUUAUGUAAUGGCUGAAUGAAUCAUGGUUUGGUACUGAUUGUUCUAACUUGUGAAGAUUAAGCUUUUUUUCUC